UUUAAGCCAAGACACCAAAGCUGCCCAAGAGUGAAAAUAGGAAGGAGGUUCGCUUGCUUUACGCAGAGGCUGAGCCACAGGAGAAAGCAAAGCCAAUGUGAUUUAUUGAAUGAAAGCACUGGACAAUUACCAACAACUUGUUCCUCUGCUGCCUCGAACAACCUAAACUGGAACUGCUGUAUAAAAAUGACCCAACAGAUGCAGAAUUUACAUCUUUCCCAGUCAAAGAAGCACAGUGCCCCAUCGUCCCCCAAUGCUGCCAAACGCUUGUACCGGAAUCUCUCAGAGAAACUGAAAGGGAGCCACUCCUCAUUUGAUGAGGCCUAUUUUAGAACAAGAACUGAUCGGCUGGGUCUUAGGAAGACCUCGGUGAAUUUCCAGGGCAACGAAGCCAUGUUUGAAGCAGUUGAGCAGCAAGACAUUGAUGCUGUGCAGCUCCUCCUGUACCAGUACACACCAGAAGAGCUAGACCUCAACACGCCUAACAGUGAGGGACUAACGCCCCUGGAUAUUGCCAUCAUGACCAACAAUGUGCCCAUUGCUAGGAUUCUUCUGAGGACAGGAGCUAGAGAAAGUCCACACUUUGUCAGCCUGGAAAGCCGAGCGAUGCACCUCAACACACUGGUCCAGGAGGCCCAGGACAGGGUGAGUGAACUGUCUGCCCAGGUGGAGAAUGAAGGAUUCACUCUGGACAACACAGAGAAAGAGAAACAGCUAAAAGCCUGGGAGUGGAGGUAUCGGCUCUACAGGCGUAUGAAAACGGGCUUCGAACAUGCCAGAGCCCCCGAGGUGCCAGCCAAUGCCUGUCUCACAGUAACCAGCAGCACAUCACUCACUGUCAGCUUCCAAGAGCCGCUCAGUGCCAACGCAGCUGUAGUGACCAGGUAUAAAGUGGAAUGGAGUAUGUCUAAAGACUUUUCUCCCUUGGCUGGAGAAAUCAUCAUGGAUAACCUACAGACGCUGAGAUGCACAAUCACAGGACUUAAGACGGGCCAACAAUAUUUUGUUCAGGUCUCGGCUUAUAACAUGAAAGGAUGGGGACCAGCUCAGACCACGACACCGGCAUGUGCCUCUCCUUCUAACUGGAAAGACUAUGACGACAGAGAGCCCAGACACAAGGGACAGAGCGAAGUUUUGGAGAGUCUGCUGCAGCAGGUCCGAGCCCUUCAUCAGCAUCACAGUUGCCGGGAAAGUUCAAAAUUACAAACCACAGGCCGCAAGCAGUCAGUAUCGAGGAGCCUGAAACACCUUUUCCAUUCCUCCAAUAAGUUUGUGAAGACCUUGAAACGGGGACUCUACAUAGCAGUUAUAUUUUAUUAUAAAGACAACAUGUUAGUCACCAAUGAAGAUCAAAUACCAAUUGUUGAAAUAGAUGAUUCUCACACCAGUUCUAUUACACAAGAUUUUCUGUGGUUCACAAAGCUGUCUUGUAUGUGGGAAGACAUAAGGUGGCUGAGGCAAAGCGUACCUAUCUCCAUGUCUUCAUCCACAGUGCUGCAAACUCGGCAGAAGAUGCUCACUGCAACUGCCCAGCUACAGAAUUUACUUGGAACACACAACUUGGGAAGAGUUUACUAUGAGCCCAUUAAAGACCGGCAUGGAAACAUACUCAUAGUCACCAUCAGAGAGGUGGAGAUGCUUUAUUCCUUUUUUAAUGGCAAAUGGAUGCAGAUCUCAAAGCUUCAAAGCCAGAGGAAGUCUCUAUCAACACCAGAGGAACCAACAGCCUUAGACAUUUUACUGAUAACUAUCCAGGAUAUUCUCUCCUAUCACAAAAGGAGUCAUCAGCGUCUCUCUCCUGGAUUAUAUCUAGGUUACCUAAAACUAUGUAGCUCUGUGGAUCAGAUCAAAGUUCUUGUAACUCAAAAGUUACCCAACAUCCUCUGCCAUGUGAAGAUCCGUGAAAACAAUAACAUUUCCAAAGAGGAGUGGGAAUGGAUCCAAAAGCUUUCUGGCUCUGAAUCUAUGGAAAGUGUGGAUCAUACUUCUGACUGCCCCAUGCAAUUGUUCUUCUACGAGCUCCAGAUGGCAGUGAAAGCUCUCCUUAAGCAGAUCAAUAUACCUCUACACCAGGCAAGGAACUUCCGCCUCUACACACAGGAGGUGUUGGAAUUGGGUCACAAUGUGUCCUUUCUUCUCCUGCUCCCUGCUUCAGACGACGUCUGUACAGCCCCAGGACAGAAUAAUCCUUACACCCCACACUCAGGGUUUCUUAACCUCCCUCUUCAGAUGUUUGAACUUGUUCAUUUUUGCAGCUAUAGAGAGAAAUUUAUUAGUCUGUAUUGCCGCCUUUCUGCUGUUGUGGAGCUGGAUUCUCUGAAUACCCAACAGUCCCUGAGGGAAGCCAUCUCAGACAGUGAGGUUGCAGCUGCCAAACAAAGACACCAGCAAGUUUUAGAUUUCAUUCAGCAAAUAGAUGAAAGUUGGCGUGAAAUGAGAUGGAUCAUGGAUGCUCUACAGUAUGCAAGAUACAAACAACCAGUUUCUGGCUUUCCCAUCACUAAGCUGAUAUACCCCUCAGAUGAGCAGGAUCUAAAGAAGAUCAAUUCUACAUCAUCACAUAUCGACUGUCUUCCAUCACUAUCCCCAUCCCCAGAGAUGCACAGAAGAAAGGCAGUGAGUGAGUCCCAGCCCUGCUCUGAUGAAGAAGGCUGUUCGGAAGUCUUCCUCCCCACGGACAGCGACUACGACUCCAGCGACGCCCUGAGCCCCAGAGACCUGGACCUGGUCUACCUUUCCUCCCAUGACAUCGCCCAACAGGCCCUUAGCGGUCUCAGCGGCAGCGCCCCGGACGUCCUACAGGUCCACGACAUGAAGACGCCAGUGGGACUGGGACAGGACCCCCAGGGCAGGGCGCAAGGCCUUGACCCUGACCACUCGUGCGUCGAGUUCCUCCACGGCCUGUCACUCACCGGCCUCGCGCCCAAGAACCACGCCAAGAUGGCACCGGGCGCACGGCCGCCGCUGGGCUUCCUGGGAAAGCGGAAGUCAGGCAAGCACCAGCACUACGGAGGCUUCAGCCGCCACCGCCGCUGGCUGCGCAUGCACAGUGAGACGCAGUCGCUGUCGCUCUCCGAGGGCGUCUACACGCCUCACCUGUCCCAAGCCUGUGAUCCUGCCCAGGAGCGUAGGGUGGCCGAGGGGCCUGGACCUGCCCUCGACGGGCACCGGGGCCUGACCUUGGCCCACGCAGCCAGCCUGCCCGAGGAGCGCAAGGGCUGCCUCCAGGACCCGAGGCCUUCUGCCCACCGCAUCUACGUGGAGCCCUACCCUGGCGCCCUGAUACGCCAGGACGCCCAGCCGUGGUCCGGCUUGAGCCCGCCCCCUGGAGGCCGAGUCCGCCUGUCCAGCCCUGCCCAUCCUGAGAUGAGUCCCGAGGGUCCCACCUCGCCAGUGUCCGAAAUCCUCAGCAGCAUGCUUUAG